AUGGCUACCAUUUUAGUAGAUGCACAGAAGUUCUAUACCGCUACCGAUGCGGCUCGAGCUAUCUCGAAACUUCAUGAUUGGUUGAUUUGGCUUCUAAAAGCGAAAGAUGGAAUAAUAGCGAAACUGACUGAGAUGACCACUGCAAAGAUGAAUAGCAGCGAUGGUGUGGACGAGUACGUAGAGGUAGACAUAGUCUCCUUCAUGAACUGUAUCCGACCGCGAGGACCGAAAUUUUCGGUAAAUAGAAAGCGAAUUAUCAAGCUCGUCGAUGAUGCUGCCGCUAAGUCAGCUCAAGAAAACGCGCAGCUGAAGAGCAAGAUAAACGAACUGUAG